AUGUGCGACGUUGAAGGCAACCGCCUCACCUCCGCCGCAAUUCUCGGCCAAGACGGUAGCGUCUGGGCUCAGAGCUCCGGCUUCCCUCAGUUGAAGCCUGAGGAAAUCGAAGGAAUCAACAAAGAUUUUGCUGAACCUGGAACACUUGCCCCAACAGGAUUGUUCCUCGGUGGCAAUAAGUACAUGGUAAUCCAAGGAGAGCCAAAUGCUGUCAUUCGAGGAAAGAAGGGAGCAGGUGGUGUUACCAUCAAGAAGACCAACCAAGCUUUGGUCUUUGGUAUCUAUGAAGAACCAAUGGCUCCUGGACAGUGCAAUAUGGUUGUGGAGAGGCUCGGUGACUACCUGAUCGAGUCGGGUCUCUGA